AUGUCGACCACUACAACCAACCCUGCCCCGCCCGAGCAGCCACAAUGGAACUUCCCUGUGUCUCCUGUGCCCGCGAACCCGCUCGGUGAGGGGAGGUUCAUCAAGACGGCCGCGGCCUUGAUCAUAGGAGACGAGAUCCUGAACGGCAAGACGUUGGACCGCAACUCGAACUACUUCGCGCGAUUCUGCUUCGAGAACGGAAUCGAACUGAAGCGGAUAGAGGUCGUCCCCGACGAGGAAGACGACAUCGUCGAGGCCGCACGCCGACUUGUCAAGACGUACGACUUCGUAAUCAGCUCCGGGGGCAUCGGGCCCACGCAUGACGACAUCACCUACGCGUCGCUCGCGAAGGCGUUCGACCAGCCGCUCGAGCACGACAAGGAGGCACUGCGGCGCAUGACCGAGAUGAUCAAGCACCGGCCAGACUUCGCGCAGCAGAACGAGGAGCAGCGCACCGCGCGCGAGCGCAUGGCGCUCUUCCCCGCGCGCGCCGAGGUGCUCUACAUCGCGCCGGACAUCUGGGUCCCCGUCGUACGUCUGGAGGGCAAGCUCUGCGUGUUCCCCGGCAUCCCGCGGCUCUUCCAGCGCAUGCUCGACGGCCUCGUGCCCUUCCUCCCGCUCCCGCCGCCCAGCGAGCGGCCGUUCCGCCAGCAGAUCUUCACCGAGCUCCCGGAAUCGUCGAUCGCGCCGUUCCUCACGACGCUGCAGGCGCGCACGAAGGAGGCGGGCGUGCGCGUCGGCUCGUACCCGCUGCUCAUGAAGGGCGUGUACGUGUCGCUGAUCGGACGCGACGCGGACGCGGUGCGCGUGCUCGCAGAGGAGGUCGCGCAGGAGCUGAACGGGCGGCUUGUGAGCGAGGAGGAGGCGCGGAAGGAGAAGGCGGCGUUGUAG